AUGUUAUGCAGUAGUCAAUUAGAAGAUAUCACAGAAAAUCUCAGCAUCCCUGCCUUAUCUGACCUCCCCAAGCCUGAGACCCCUGCCAUCCCUCUCAACGUGCUCAAAACAGGCAAUAGAUUUAAAGAAAGUACAGACGACGAGGUGAACAGGUUGUUUGAAGCUCGCCAAACUCCCGGGACCAAGAAAAACACUAACUGGGGAUGUAAAAUGUUUCAAGACUGGAGCAUUGAGAGAAGAGGGGAGCCUGUAGAUUUAGAAGCAAUAUCACCAAGUCAACUUAAUGGUCUCCUAGAGAAAUACUGUGAGGCAAGGCCCUUAAAAGAUGGGGAACUUUAUCAUAAAAAUAUAUUGAAAAAAUUGAGAGGGGCUAUUAACCGAAAACUGGCAGAUCUAAAGAGAAACAUAGACAUAGUUAAAGACAAAGAUUUUUACAUCUAA